CACUCGCUCUCGUGUCUGGCGGUAGGACGGCGUGGGAUGUCCACGAUGGGUCUAGCUGUUGGCAUUCCGGCCAUCUUACAAGGUCCAGGCUCACGGUCAUGGGUCAAUGUUCAAGGUUCGCUCUUUCUCUGGCCCUCCUCUCCAUGGUGUAAGGAGCCAGCAAGGAGCCGUCAGCAAAGGAGCAGAGGAGCAAAGGAACAGCAGUAAGAGUGAGCUGUCUAGGUCCAGGUCUAGGUCCAGGUCAAGGUUCCAGGUCAAGGCUACGUGCAAGAGUCGUUGUCUCGUUGGUCCGUUGCUGCUCAAUCUCCUCCUCCCCGUCCGCUCGUUGGCUCGUUUCGCUUCGCUUCGCUUGACCUGCAGCCUGUCGCUGCUUGCUGCUGUGGACUGUGAACUGUGGACUCAGGACUGUGGUGGCUCGUCUCCGUCUUCUUUCGCUCCCACUCUCGGAUCUCCUUCUCGCCUCUCUUUUGCUCGCCCUCACCCCCAAAAGGGACUUACUCUCGUUCCUCUUUCCUUCCGUCCCUCCUUCCCCCCCAUCGUCGGUCGUUACUCUGAUCUUCCGAGGCCAGUGACAUCCGCCGACUUUCCACUUUCCACAGUCCUCUCUCUGCCUGCCAGCGGGCUCGUCACUCUUUUUUAGGAACAUCGUGGAUUGUGUGAAUGGAUCACCGGAUCUGACCGACCCGUCAAACUCACUCCAAAGUCGUUCUUUACUCAACACAACAAACCCAAAACCCAAAAUUCCACCGACCGAAUAUUCUCGGUGGUAGUCACUCUUUUUGUAUACAGCAUCCCGCCCAGGCGUUCGGAACCGUUCACUUCGCACGAGAUUCGAUUCAAAACUCGAAACCUUCGACUACUUGCUUUGGUGCCUUGACAUUCAACCAAUUGUCCCAUCAAUCCCCUCGAAAUCCGUCCCGACUCCCCGAUACGAUCUUUAGUCCGGUAAUGGUGGCAUAGUGGUAAUUUCAAUCAGUGAAGGAAGGAGAAAUUCUCGAGGUCAACCGUCGACCUCAAAGAGAGAACCGGUUAUCAGUGGAGAGUUGCUUCAAGGUACCACGGUAUCUUACUGUCGAAUCCGCCCAAUUCCAAAAUGGCUUCAUUCAACGCCAAUGGCUACGUGAUGGCCUCCCGAAUCCCCAUCCGGGACGUUCAGCCGGUCAACAACGAGCGAUCUGUCGCGCCCCUCCGAAUCGUCUCUCGUAUCAUUGGAACUAGAGAAACCUGUACCGGCUCAGCCAGUCAGUGUGAGAAGCCAGUCGACCCUUCUACCCUCACAUUGCCCAUCACUCUUGGCGUCACGAUUCCCAUCGUUGGCGCUUUGUGUUUGCUGUUCUACUUCCACCGAAGAAAUGUCAAGAGGCAAAAACAGGAGGAUGCGACUGAUCCCAACCGAGGCCUGGAUUUCGGACUUGGCGAGACCAGCUCUGAUAAGGGUGGAAAAGGAAAGCGCAAGAGCAUGAUGUUCCGUGAGAAGGGAAUGGGUCUCGACACGAAGCAUCGUCAACUGUCUAUGGAUAUGAACCUGGACAGCCCCUACCUUCUUCCCCCCGGUCUUCAGAGCUCGCGUGAGUCUCUGCACUCUCUCGCGAGAACCCUCCACAGUGAGGCAGACCCCUACCGGCCUGUGGCUGGGUACACCGGCAGCGAUGUCGGUUCCAUCCGAUCGUACAAGCCCGAUGGUGCUUCCGUUUACACCAAAUCGACGAGCCGGCGCGGUUCCGCCAUGACUGGUCGCACCACAAUGACCCAGAACACCUUGCCUCCUAGGCAAAACUCCCUCCCCAGACCUCCUCCUGCGACGGCAGACCCCUUCGCCACGCCCAAGUCUAGGUCUGGCUCACCCGCCCUCGAAAUCAUGACGACAAAUUCUCCCGUCGUCUUGUCCCCCACCUCCCCGGUCAUUCGAAGCCCGCUCAUCGCUGAGCCUAUUAUUCCCAAGAUCGAGACCAUGCCGUACCCCGAUGAUAGAAACGGCGGUUCCCUUCCUCAGAUUCCCGACGUCCCGGAACCUGCCCCUGUCGCUCAAAGGGGACUUCCCAGCAACCCUCGUCCAUCCGCCAAGAACCCAUCCAUCCCCGAGGUUCAAGAGCUGGAUAGCACGCCGGCCGCAGCCCCCGUUGGCCUUGGUCUCGACGACAUGAACUUCCCUGCCCAGAAGAAUGCUGCUCCCUCAACACUCCCGACUAUUGUGCCCGAGGAAACGAAUGCUUAUGACCGCGAAAGCUAUUACGACUAUGACUUUGAGGAUAGAGGCCGAUCUCAGAGACGCUCUGUGGAUAUGAACGACAACCGCAUGUCACGUGCACUUGGUGUUCCGGGUCAGGACGCCAAGAGGCUUUCAGUUGGCUUCAGACCCCUGCCUCCUGAUGAGGUGACUGAGUCUGAGGACCCUGAAGAGCGUGCCAACAGAAUCAGAUCAUUCUACAAGGAGUACUUCGACCCCGACAACCCGCACGCUGGCCAAGCCCCGCCUCCCAUGCCUCAAGGACCUCGCGGACCCCCCAGAGGACCUCCUCCUGGCGGCCCUCAGUACUAUGAGGAUUACGACCCGAGCUACAACGGUGGUCCCGGCGGCGAUGCCUACUUCGACCCUGAGAGCAACUCGUUCGUCAUGCCCUACGCUCAGCCCGUUACUCGUCGUGCAAUGACGCCACCACCCAGCGGCUCCCGCUUCCGGGGCCCGCCUCCUCCUCGGGCUAUGCAUGGUUCCAUGGGCGGUCGCAUGGCCAGCCCCGGCCCCGGUGGCAGACGUCCUCCUCCUCGUGCCGGCUCGGCCAUGUCCAGCCGCCUUGGGCCUUCUCGACCGGGAUCCGACAUGUCCAGCCAGUACACUCCUCGGCCCGGCUCUUCAGUGUCCAACAGGACUGCUGGAGGCAGACCCAAGCCCAAGGGACCUCCCCCUGCCGACUUGACUACCAUGCCCAACCCGUCUAAGCUCAAGGAUGACUCCUUCUCCAUCCUGAACCCUCUCGACUUCGCUCCUCCCGAGACCUUCUCUUCCCGCGCCCGUGGCCGUUCCCAGAGUCCGGCGGGUGAGAGACGCCCUUACGCAGCGCCUUCGAUUCCCGUCCAUUCUCCAUUGGUUAGCAGCUUUGAAGAGAUGCCUACCAUGCCCAGCCCUCACUUGCUGCGCAAAUCCGGAACCUUCACUGGUCUCGACUUUGCUCCUCCCCGCAAGUUCAAGGACGGUGACAACAUGAGCGAUGCUGGUAGCAUCCGUAGCAACCGCAGUGGUAUCUCGGCUGUCCAACAGGCCGCUCUCCGCAGCGGUGCCGGCAGAGUCAGCCGCUUGCCCGGUGACACUGUUUUCACGCCAACGGCCCUUGAUGACCAGCUCAAGCCGCAAUGGGGCAUGCGUCCUUAAACGGCGAACGACGUUUUUCUGCUUGUUGAUAUCAUUACUUUGACUUCCGCGUAUUGAUACGGCAGCGCCGAAUCGACGGUCACGACUUUUGAGCCUAUUCGCACGCACUGGGAUUAUCCAUGUACAUGAAUUUGCGCGGACAAACAAAAAGAGGAGCCUUUCUACCCUUACCUUUAUGGGAUUUGGAAUUUUGCAUAACGGUGUUAUUUCUUCUCGCAUUUAGUAGCGAUAUACUGCUAAUGUCUUUUUGUGUUGAAACCCUUUUUCUGUUUCGCUGCGUGGAGUAUUUGGGUCACGACAAAUAGUUUUUAUUUUUUAAACCAGCCCUCUCCGCCGGCCUCAUUUGGCAACAUGGCGGGAGGGUUUGCAUAUAGAAAAAGGGCUCCGGGACAUUGCUACCGUCUGCCAACCAUC